AUGUCGUCAAACAUUGAUAUCAAGUUCUCCGGCACCGGUAAUGAGAAGCUUUUUAUACGAAACCUCAAGGGCAAAAACGCUAAUGAUAUCAGAUUCAUCGACCACAACAAGGAAUACUAUAGCUGUCUAGACUCUGACGCAGAGCUCAUUGCCGAUGAAAUCUACAAGACGCGGUCUGUACUCAAGACCCAGAAUGGCGUUACAUACAUCACCAUGUCAACACAAGUGUUUUUCAAUGCCUUGAGGUUGACAUUGUUGGAGAAGCAAUUACGCGUCGAAGUCUACAAUUCACGAACAUACGAAUUGAUUUGCAAAGGUACCGCAGGUAAUUUGGAUGCAUUGGUACUGGAGUAUGGAGUUGACUUUGAGUUCCGCGACUGCUCAAAUCCAUCAAUCGCUGCAGUGAAAAUCGUCGGGGAGAGCAACAAGGUGGGCGUUUGUCUCAUCGAAGAAGACAUCAUUAGAUUGUGCGAGUUUGAAGAUAACGACUUGUUGAGUAACUUGGAAGGUUUGCUCGUGCAGUUUGGUGUAAAGGAAGUUGUAGUGCCAAACUUGGGAGAAAAAAGAUUGAUGCUGGUCAUUAAUAAAAUCUCCAACAUUGUGGUGAGUACGUCAACUCAGUUUAACACUAAAUAUAUCGAACAAGACUUGGUAAAGUUAUUAGCACACGGGGACGAAGCAGGAGAAGCAGGUGAAGUUGGCAACGACGCAAUAAGUAACAAUGACAACAACAGCAGCAACAACAACAACAACAACAACUUGGAAAUGGCUUUUUCAGCAAAGGGGAUAAAAAUGACAGAACACCCAAUUUCUUUAUCCUGUUGUAACGCACUAAUUUCAUACUUGGGUUUGCUUGAAGAACAAACAGAUUUGUCAACAAGUAGAGCCUACCACCUUGAAAAAUAUGAUUUGCUGUCGUUUAUGAAAUUGGACUCGUCAACUUUGAAAGCAUUAAAUGUAUUCCCCGAAUUCAAGUCAACCACCAUUAGUUCAAUUUUUGAGUUAUUGAACAAGUGUAAAACAGCCGGUGGGUCGAGACUAUUAUCACAAUGGUUGAAACAGCCAUUGACUCUGGUUGAUGAAAUUGAGGAGAGACAGACAUUGGUGGCGUUGCUUAUAAAUGACUCUACCUUGAGAGUCUCAAUUCAAAAUGCACUCACCCAGAUCCCCGAUAUCAAAAGAUUACUAAAGAAGCUUACGAUUGCAAUGAUGAAGAAUGGCAAUGAAAAUAAAAAAUUAGAAGAUUUGGUAAGGCUAUACCAAAUUGUACUUGUGCUUCCAGAACUAAUUGAGGCUUUAACUGAUAAAGAUAAGAUUGUGGACAAAUUUUGGCUCGAGCCAAUCAAAAAACUGUAUAGUGCACUACUCAAAUUUCAAGAACUAAUCGAAACAACAGUUGACCUAAAAGGCUUGCAUGAUCUUCAUUCAAAUUUUGAUAUCCGCCCCGAAUUUGAUGCUUCACUCGUGGAAAUCAAUGAAAAAAAGACCGAGGCAAUGGACAGGAUUAAGCAAUUGCAUUUGGACGCAGCGGAUGACCUCAAUAUGGAUGUUGAUAAAAAGUUGAAAUUGGAAAUGCAUCAAAUCCAUGGUUAUUGUAUGAGACUAACUAGAAAUGACUCGGUAGUGUUGAGAAAUAAUCGCAAAUAUAUUGAAAUCCAAACAGUUAAAGCGGGUGUGUAUUUCACCACCAGUGAGUUUAGAAAACAAGCACAAGUCUACACCCACUCAUGUGAGGAGUAUAAUCACAAGCAAAGAGAGUUGAUUCGCGAAGUGAUUUCCAUCUCUUUAACCUACCUGUCGGUGUUUACAAAAUUGAGUUUAGACUUGAGCCAUCUUGAUGUCAUUAAUAGUUUUGCCAAUGCAGCAUUAUUAGCACCCACUACCUAUGUGAGACCCAAAAUGAUCCCAUUGGACUCUGAAAAAAGAGUUGUUAAUGUAAAAAAUUCAAGACACCCACUUUUGGAGGUUCAAGAAGAUGUCGAGUUUAUACCAAAUGAUAUAAGCAUAGGAAGCAAGUUUUUCAAUAUCAUUACUGGUCCCAAUAUGGGUGGUAAAUCCACAUAUUUGAAACAAAUUGCUACACUUGCUUUAAUGGCACAAGUUGGAUCCUUUAUCCCUGCCGAUGAUCUAAGAGAAGAAGAAGAAGAGGAAGAAAAAGAAGAAGCAGCAGCAGCAGCAGCAGCAAAAAGCGGGGAAAAUAAAAAUGGUGCUCCCACACUUCCUGUGUUUGACGCAAUCUUAUCUCGAGUUGGUGCCGGUGACUCUCAACUCAAAGGUCUUUCCACUUUUAUGAUUGAAAUGUUGGAGACAUCAUCGAUCUUGGCCACGGCGACCAGAAACUCGCUUAUAAUUAUUGAUGAAUUGGGUCGAGGUACAUCAACAUAUGACGGGUUUGGUCUCGCAUGGUCCAUUUCAGACCAUUUGAUCCAAGUGAAGAAAUGUAUAACUCUUUUUGCGACACAUUUCCAUGAACUUAAUCAACUUGCUAAAAAGUAUCCGCUGGAAGUGGAGAAUUUACAUGUUGUGGCAUAUGUUGAAAACCAGGAUGAUAUCACAUUGAUGUACAAGAUCGAACCCGGGGUAUCUAAUAAGUCGUUUGGAAUCAACGUUGCUGAAAUGGUUAAUUUCCCAGAAAAGAUUAUAAAAAUGGCAAAGAGGAAAGCCGAGGAGUUGGAGGAUAUGAAAGGCGAUGGAAAUGGAAAUGUAAGCGGGAACGAAGAUGGAGGCAAUGGCAAGAAAUUACGUGGAAAUAGAGACGAGUUGUGGUUGGAAGUCGAGAAUUUGAAAAAAGUGUUGAAGGAAUGGAGAGGCAAGGAUUUGAAUGCAGAAGAAGCACCGGCUGAAUUGAAACGUUUAUUGGAGAGAAAUUCGAGUGCUUAUGUUAAGGAGCUAAUUAAUAGUUUAUAG